CUGAGAAGCUUAGUUAGAAAAAUGAGAGCGUUUGCGUUUCUCCUGUAUCUAUCUGUACUAGUCCUCUGCUGCAGAAAUUCAAACUCCCAAGAUGUGCAGUUCGUUUCUCAGCCAGUUAAUGCUGUAGUAUCUCCUGGAGGCUCAGCCACACUUGACUGCAGUCUCACGGGGCCAGUGGUUGAUACAUCAUGGUACAAGGACUCCUCCAACACAGCUGUUGAGCUAAACAAUGGCACCAAAUAUGUCAUACAUGCAAAUGGAUCAUUAAAAAUCACUACUUUUACAAACAAUGAUGCUGGGGAGUAUUACUGCAUUGCUGCUAGUAGUCAUGGCUCAGUUAGGAGCUCUACAGGGAGACUACAACUUGCAGUCAUUGGUUCAGUAUCUUCAAGCACUAAAACUCUAACAGUCCAACCAAACACUCCACUUGUAUUGAACUGUACUGUCCCCAGUAGCACUCCCCCAGUUAAAGUUGUAUGGUAUCGUGGCAGUACUUCUCCUGUGGCUCUAAGUACUAGAAUAGGAGUAUCAUUAUCACAUCAGCUGGUCUUCAGCUACCUUAUCAGCUCUGAUCAAGCAGUAUUCACAUGCAAGUAUCACAAUGAGCUUAUACCAAACUCUGAAACAGACAGUAACUCUUAUUUUAUAUCAGUAUCAGGUAACUCGGCAGCUAAUCCAAUAAUUACUUUGCUCAGUGAUGCAAUGCAUGCCACUCAACCCACAAUAAAGGCUGGAAUGAGUAUACAAAUGGAGUGCUUUGCCACAGGAAGGCCUAUACCCACUUAUACCUGGAGCAAAGAUGGAGCAACACUUGGAGGAUCUCAAAGAAUCACUUUCAGUCAAAACAGUCGAAUUCUCUCAAUUACCAACGCUAGCCUAGAAGAUGCUGGGAUUUAUAUAUGUAGAGCUAGCCAAGGAAGCAAUGAAUUAACAAGAAAUACUAACCUAACCGUAAUAGAUCCUCCACACAUAACACAAUCAUUUGGCUCUGUGACUCAAUUUGCUUCUCUCUCAAUUAACGUCUCAUGUGUAGCCAAAGGCGAUGGCCUAAUUCGCUGGCUGUGGAGAAACAACAGUCAGACACUUACCCAAUCCACCAAUACAUACUAUACCGAGUCUGGUCUAGUUUCACUCCUUGUAAUAGAGAGCCUUGAUGUGUAUAGUGGUGGUAUACUCCAGUGCGUGGCAUAUAAUGAUAAUGACAACACUCUAACGUCUUCUGCCAAUCAUAAUCUAAAUGUUCAAACAAUGAAUCCUACAUUCAGUACAGUCCCUGCUGAUGUUUUUGUCUUCACUGGUGACAAGUUUGUUCUACCAUGUUAUGCUGUUUCAUAUCCUUUCCCUACAUUCUAUUGGCAAAGAAACAAUGUUCAGCUAUCCAUAGAUACCAACAGCAGAUACUCUCUCUCUACUGAUCACGUAUUCAAUGGAACUCUUGUAGUAUUGAGUGCCCAAAGGAGUGAUAGCGGUAAUUACAGGUGCCUAGCGGAGGGUUCUUCUGGAGCGAUAUCUUCAACUAGUCCAGUGGUUGUUCGUGUAAUAGAUACUCCUACUGUUGCCUCUACUCCACAAAAUCAGUUAAUACCACAAGGUGGCACUGUCUCCCUCUCCUGCUCUAUCUCUGAUGUAUCACAAACUUCAAUAACAUAUUCAUGGACCCGUGACGGUGCACCCAUAAACUUGAAUUCUAAUAGCAGAUAUACUCUUUUCCCAACAAAUGGGUCUCUGUUAAUACAAGGCUUUACUGCUAAUACUGAUUCUGGGAGGUAUGCUUGCACAGUUAGUCUUGACCCGAUGGGAAACAACGCUCCUCCACUGUCUUAUGAUAUUGGCUCUGCUUUCAUAUCGACAGUUCCCCCCACUCCACCUUCUCCCCCUCACUCUUUCUCUGUUAUUACUACAACUGCCAACAAUAGCGUACACAUGUCAUGGUCUUCACCAAUUAACAAUGGCAGUCUAGCAAUCCUUCAAUACAACAUUAUACUGGUCCCUUUACAAAUAGAAGGGAGCAGAGAGCCUUGUCCCUUUCAAAAUGACACUGUUAAUGUGACCGUUUUGGAUUCUAGUCUUUCUGUUGUUGUCCCACUACGCCCACACACAAAGUACAGGGCUCUUAUGUAUGCUGUGAAUUCCAGAGGUACUAGUAACGUUAGUGACGAGUUUGACUUUACUACAGAGGAGUCAAUUCCUUCUUCUUCUCCUCAGUUACUCACUGUAGAGGAGACGCCAUUACUAGGCCAGCUAUUGGUCAGUUGGUCUCAUCCUACAUGCCAAGACAGAAAUGGGAUCAUCACUAACUACACUGUAUCUUAUACUCCUUCCUCCUCUUCCUCCUCUCCUGUCUAUGUGACAUUGACUGAUAACAGUACAUCAGUAUUAUUGAAUGGCUUGGAUGUAUUGACAGUGUACAGUAUAAGAGUUGCUGCUAGUACCAGGAUAGGACGAGGUCCUUAUUCUGAUCCAGUGACAAAAGAAACAAGUAAAGCCAGCCCUCCACUCUCUCCCAUUCCUACUACUUCAACCAACAGUACUUCGCCUAACUGUACAAAUGUGUCAAUCUCAUGGAGACCUCCUCCUCCAGUUGCUUCUGAGCCUCUCAACAAUCUAACCAACACCUCACACUACGUACUAUCAAUCAGUCAUAACAUUGCAUUCUUAACUCCUAUGAAUGUGAACACCACUAAUACAAGUUAUACUUACAAGUCAGGCAGUGGAGGUUUAUCAUUGCACAUCAAUGUGUCUGCAGUUAAUGCUUUUGGAAGGAGUCCUCCUCUUGAAUAUUUUAUAAUUUUACCAAAUUGUCCAGUGGAAACAUCACCCACCCCAUCUCCCUCUUCUGGUUCUGUGUCGUUUUAUGAAGAGGAAUGGUUUCUAUAUGCUGCAGGAGGUGCCGGAGGGGGUAUAGUUCUCUCUCUCCUUCUCUUCCUCUGCAUUUGCUGCUUCUGCUGUGUUUGUUAUUGUGCAAAAAAGAAAAGAAAAACUGUACAUAAUGUCGAUCAACAGUCUUCAUCAUCCAGACCUCGGUUUCAUUUUGUUUAUCCAAACAGGAGAUCAACUGUUCUUGAUAAAAUGAUGAAUGUACAAGCUCUUUCCCCAGACCAGUCUCACCAGUCUGUAUAUGCUGAACUAGGAGAAGUAAAUAUACCAAGGACAGGAGCCAGUCUCACUGCUACUCCUCCACACCCUUCAAGAAAUGGAACCAUCGAGAAUGGGAUGAACACACUGACCUCACAAACCUCCACACUCCGUUCUAAGUAUGAGUACAAGUCACCAUUAGAGAGAGAGGCUGAGAGAGGACAGAGAGAAAUGACAGCAGAGGAAGAGGAGGAGGAAGAGGGUUUAGAUCAAAUGCCUCAGAUCAUUAAUUCUUCUUCAAGAUCAAAGAAAAGAUCCUCUACAGCUCAGAGGAAGUUGUUCCAACCCAGUGAUGCCAGCCAACAGCAAACAAGGAGCCUCUCACUCACAAAGUACAAACGAUCAAGAACUAGGGGAGAAGAUGGGAGAGGAGGGUCUAGCAGUCCGACCGACACAGUCUCUAGUUUUGAAUACGAGAGUCAUUCUCAGAUACACGAUAAAUUGGCUGCCUUAAAGUCCCAGGCCUCCAUUGAUGGAGGGGCUCCGGUAGUACCAGCAGAAAGAGAGAGGAGAGAUGUCAUGCAUUAUCCAACUGAUCCAAGGAUCAAUCCUCAUUAUAACCUGCUGCAUCCACCUAGACUUGGUAACGUACAUCCAUCUCUCUGUACAACUGGUCCACUACCAACUACUGACAAUAAUUUUAGACAUUUGCCUGAUCUAGCACUAAUGACAGCGUUACCCUCUUCAUCUCUCUCAUUGGGACCAUAUUCUCCUGCUCUGUCAGAUGCUUCAUCUCGAAUGUCUUCUUCGACUGCUAAAGGUCACGUUUCGUACAACAAUCCUUAUAAUAAAGGAGACUAUACUAGUGGAAAUAAAGAGGAAGACUAUUAUCAGACACCAAGAGCUGCAAGACAAGCAGCGAUGACUGCUAAGUUAUCUCUAGUCAACUCACAAAUGUCAUUAGUUUAAAUUAGACAACAAUAAUAAUAACAAUACACUUUUUUAUAAUCAUAUAUAAUACUAACAAUAAUGAUAAUAGUUAAAUGAGGAGAUAAAUAAUUGUCAUAUAAUA